AUGCCGCCGGGAGAAAACGCGUCCGUGGAAACGAGGCCGACUGAAGCCCUGCCUCUGCCGGCUCCAGCCCCCCUGACGAAGGCCUCAGGGGACCGCGGCGUGUCGGAGACGCCUCGGCGUGACCUUCCGAGUCCGACGUGUCCCCGAUGCGGCCUCCCCGUCCCGCAGAGCAGACCGGAACCGGCCUCGCGGCCCCAGAGCCAGCCGCAGGGCUCAGCAGCGUCGGGACGCGGCGACAGGAGCCGAAGCAAGAGAAGUGGGCCCCGACCCGACCGACCUGCUCCUGGAUCUGCAGACUCGUGCUUGGGGCUGCUGCUGGCGUGCCUGUGGUGCCAGUUCUCGGUGGUGCUGCUGGGCCUGCUGGAGGCCUGCUCCUCCUGCUGCCUCUGCUCCUCCUGCUGCCUCUGCUCCUCCUGCUGCCUCUGCGACGCGCCCGGCGAAGAGCUGGGAUGUCCCGCCCACUGCCACUCAGUGCUGUUCGAGUCCUGCUGUGAGCCCGUCGAGUUCCUGGAGUUCUGCCUGGACUGCUGCGAGAUCUGCCACCGCAGCUGAGCCCCCCGGGGGGACGGGGACGGCGGACAUGCCUGAACUGACCCACCGAUGAGCGGAAAGUCUCUUUGUCUGAACCAGAACUGAGAAUGGUGAGAAUUACUGGAGCUGAGACGAUUAAUCGUGAUUAAUCGUGAUUCAAUCAUUUGUUGAAAUAAUCGUGAGUUAAUUUAACUAUUGAUUAAUUGCUAAUUCGACUAAUCAAACUCAAAAAAUGGUCAUUUGCAACCCCCCCUCCAAAAAAACAACAUAUUUGAGAGAGUCAUGC